CAGGUUGCUUUACAAGAGGGAUAGCCUUUAGGGUUCCGUAUUCCUCUCCAACUCUACAGGCCUAUAAUCUAUCUGCAGUACGAAUUAAGCAUGCUGAACAUUUAUUUUCCAAAUCACCAAGACAACAAAUUGAUACAUAAAACAAUAAAUUAAAGAAAUGCAUCUUCAUUCAACGCUUCAGUUCUAAGAUUUGAUGAGCUCUUCCCUUGCACGAGAGUUGGCGAAGACAAUGAUUAGAAUCAGUUGCACUGUACAACAAGGUGAAAAAUGAAGUCCUUGCUAACUUAACCUCCACUUCUUCGUUUACGAGUAAGCUUUCAAUUCCUUUUUGCCUUUCUCAUUGAUUUCAUUCUAAGGGCAGGCAAAAACACAGAGAAAUAAUUCAGAAGUGGGUUUACGAAAAAGAAAUGGCGAAAGGAGGUGGGGGCAUGAGCAAUACAGUGAAUGUGGGUAUAGCAGUGCAGGCAGAUUGGGACAAUAGGGAGUUCUCAAGUCAAUUGGCUCUCAAUGUUCGUCGUCUCUUUGAAUUCCUUGUACAAUUUGAGGCCACUACAAAAAGCAAGUUAGCAGGACUGAAUGACAAGCUUAGUUCCUUGGAGCGUCACCUGGAGCUACUUGAAGCUCAAGUUAGCAUUGCAUCUGGUGCGGCUACAUUGACUUGAUUCAUAGCAAGAGCAGGAAAAAAUUAAUUGUACUGACCAGAAAGCUUAAAUAGCACCUCAAUAUUAUAUGAAUAUCAGGCAGAGCUACCUCAGGCAUGAUUCGGCGCUGCAAAUGAGAAAAAUAUGAGACAAGCAGACAGGGAUUUACCUUCACUGCCCGUUUUAUUUUCUGUAAAGAUGUUUACUGGCAUUUUGCUGAUGAGUACAAAACCAACCGCUACCUUUGUUCAUUUUCCUGAAGCAGCAAAUACAUUUUCUUUGUUAUUUAAUAUUUUAUAAAACUUUGGAGCAGAUAUGCUGAAUUAUGAUAUUGUAGCUUAUUUAUUCUUCAAUUCUAAAGUGAUCCAAAUGAUGAUCUUGCUCCUUUUUCUU